AUGAAAGCUGUAGCUAAAGAUGUGAAAAAGCAUAGCCAAGGUCUAUGCGAGGCUAUGGUACGAAAUGAGAGUGAAAGUAGUAAAAUAUGUGAAGAAAUAAAAAUGAAUCACAAAGAGCCGAAAAUAAAUAAAGAGAAACCUCUGAUCAUAAAACCGAAAGAGAAGCAAGACGCGAUGAAAACAAAAGAGGACCUGAAUAAGAACGUUGAUCCAUCGGAUCUAAAAAUAAGCAAUGUGCAGGGUAGGAAAAGUGGUACAAUCGUUAUUCAAAGCGAAAACGAAUCUGAGCGCGAUAAAAUAAAGACCGCAAUUGCAAAUAAAAUGAGUGACCGCUAUGAAAUUAGAGUGCCGAAUACGGCUAAACCCAAGUUUAUGGCGUUUGGAGUAAGCUUUAAAUAUGAAAGCGAGCAACUGGUAGAAAUGAUAAAAAAACAAAAUGAAUGUUUACAAAGUGCUGACUUUAAAAUUAUUAAAUACAUUCAAGUCAAGAAAUAUAGGUCUAAAUACUAUAAUUUUCUCAUUGAAACGGACGUUGAUACCUUCUCGGCAGUGCUCAAAAGCGAAAAAAUAAAUAUUGGGUGGGAGAAAUGUAGAGUCCAAGAUGGUAUGGUUGUGUCAGUUUGCUACAAAUGUAAGGGCUUCAAUCAUAUAGCUACGAAGUGCAAGGAUGAAGAGGUCUGCCUGAAGUGCUUGGGUAAUCAUAAAACAAUGGAGUGCACAAAGGAGCAAAUAAACAGUGUAUCAAUUGCAUUCGUGCAAACAAAAAAUUUAAUCUAG